AUGGAGAAUAUUGGCCUCUUUGAGACGGGGGAGGGUCCUGAACAGGGGGAUAAUGCCCCCAGUGACACAGUCUCAUUGGACCAACUGGCCUUAAACCUGUUCAGUCAGCUGCAGGACUUUGAGGAGGACCUAUUCCACUGGGGACACCCACCAGAGCUUCGGCAACUCCCUCAACAUGAGGCUGCCCACAGCGGCGGAGACAUUCAGCUGCAAACUGUGGAUCAAGAGGAUGUUUCUGCUCAGCAGAUUCAAGCUGAAGACCUGCAUGCAGAGGGCGAGGCUGCGUGCAGAAGUCUGGAUCAGCCAAUCAGUGAGCCGGAAGUCCUCAGAGAGAGACAUGAGGCGUUUCAGCAUCAACUGAAGGAGUUUGAAAACAUGAAGGAAGAGAACUCUUGUUUGGUCCAAACAAACCAACGCCUGGAACUGGAGCUGCAACAACUCACAGAGAAGUCUCAGCAGAGUCAGAAUGAGCAGACGGAGGCGUACAGACGUCUGCGAGAUCUGCAGCUCUCACAAGAGAAAGACUAA